AUGGAAAACGAGGGUAAUGGUAGAGAGCCAUUACCUGUUUAUAAUUAUACAGUUUACAAUGGAAAUACGGUACCAGAUAAAACACUGGGACCUCUUUUUGAUCAUACAACAAAUUCCGCGAAUGGUUCAUUUCUCUAUUGGGAUUAUCGCAUUCCUCUUCAACCACAAGGUCUGGGCCGCAUGAAUACGCUACCGGUUGAAGUUGAUGUUAGAUCAUGUCUGAGGUUCUCAUAUUAUUUGAAAUCGAGAAAUCUACCGGGUACAAAUGGUACAAAACUAAACAUUAAUGUUGGCGGAUGUAUGGCAACAACACUUUGGUCUUUCAUCGGUGAUGAUAGUAAUGGAUGGCAAACAGCGACGGUUCCAUUUAAACCGUAUGCUUGUUCUGAAACAUUUUCAUUUGAUAUCAUUCAAAAUAAUGUGGUACCAAUAGCUUAUGCAAUUGAUGAUGUGAUGAUCGGAGAAUGUCAAACACUUCCUACGUCUACUACAACCAGUACGAGUACAACUACAGUUACCACUACUACAACAACGAGAACCACCACUACUACUACCUCCACAACAACAACUACGGUGACUUCAACUGCGACAAGCACUGCUAGUUUAUCAACCACAACAACAGCUGAUUUUACUACGACGACCUCUCUUACAUCUUCUAUUACAGCCACCAGUCAAGAAUUUAGUUCUAUGACCACAAAAUACAAUAAUUCAGCUCUCCACAAAGUAGCUAAAUUAGUAAAUAUAAUGGGCUUUGUCUGCCUAUAUUUUACUUUUUUAUCAAAAUGUUCUUUACAUUUGUUAUGA